AUGGGUGUCUCAGGAAAAUGGAUUAAAGCAUUGGUUGGUUUAAAGAAACCAGAAAAGUCGCAAUCUUCUGAGAAAGAUGAAAAUAGGCUGGCGAGCACUGGAAAGUUUUGGCACCGGAGAAAACAUUCUGUUGAGAUUGAUACUAACAUACUUGAAGAUGAGCUCAAUCAUAACACAGCUAAACCAAUUGAUGAAACCAGCAUUUAUUCAAUUCCAGUUGUUUCUGGCUCUCCUUCUAGUUCAGUUCAAGUGCAGGAUGCAGCUCAAAGUGAACAGAAUAUGAGAGAAGAAUGGGCAGCCAUACGUAUCCAGACUGCUUUUCGAGGAUUUUUGGCCAAGCGUGCUCUACGUGCUUUGAAAGGAUUGGUAAGACUUCAAGCCCUUGUCAGGGGUCAUGCUGUGAGAAAGCAAGCUGCAAUAACUCUUCGUUGUAUGCAAGCUUUAGUGAGAGUUCAGGCUCGUGUCCGAGCUAGGCGAGUCCGUCUGGCGUUAGAAAGUGAAACAGCACAACAUAAACAUCAGCAACUUGAACAUGAGGCCCGUGUUCGAGAAAUAGAGGUUGUAUGCAAGGAUCGAAAUAUCGUGUCGAAACAUCCGAAAUGUUUCGGAUUUUAAAUACACCAACAUGAAACAUGGGUGAAAACCAAAAAUUCUUGAGUUUUGAGCAAAAUGUCAUUGUUUCGCACCGUUUUGACCAAAACGGUGAUGUUUCGGUUGAAACAGUGCGAGAUAGAGAUGGAGUGAUAGGGAGAUUGAGAGCACCCUCAAAAAUCGAAAGGAGAAAAGUUCAGCAGCAUACUUCCCAGAGUGCAGUUUUAAGCAGCCUCCUCCAGG